AUGAAGCCCCCGUUUGGAAUUGAUUUCGUGUCACUUCAAAUAAUGGAGCUUUUCCCGGAGUCCAUGUUCCCCGAAAAACGCAACGUGUUCGUGAUCGCGGCGAUCCUGCUGGAGCGGCACCUGCAGAACGUGGCCAACUACCUGAUCCUGUCGCUGGCCGUGGCCGACCUGCUGGUGGCCUGCCUCGUGAUGCCGCUGGGCGCCGUCUACGAGGUGAGCAGCCAGUGGACGCUGGGCCCCGAGCUCUGCGACAUGUGGACCGCCUCCGACGUGCUCUGCUGCACCGCCUCCAUCCUGCACCUGGUCGCCAUCGCGCUCGACAGGUACUGGGCGGUGACGAACAUCGACUACAUCCACCAGCGGACGGCGCGCCGCAUCGGUCUGAUGAUCCUGGCGGUGUGGGCGGUCGCCUUCCUGGUGUGCAUCGCGCCGAUGCUGGGCUGGAAGGACCCCGACUGGGAGGCUCGCGUCUCCAGGGACCGCCAGUGCCUGGUGAGCCAGGACCCCGGCUACCAGGUCUUCGCCACCGCCUCCUCCUUCUACGUGCCGCUCGCCGUCAUACUCGUGCUCUACUGGCGCAUCUUCCAGACGGCGCGCAAGCGCAUCCGGCGGCGGGUGACGGCGUCUGCGGGCGGCGGCGCGGCGGCGCGCAACCCGGCGGCGGGCGGCGUGGUGGCGGGCGCGGCCGGCACCUCCGGCGGGCUGGCCGCCGCCGUCGUCACCGUCAUCGGCCGGCCGCUGCCCACCAUCUCCGAGACGACCACCGCCUUCACCACCGUCUCCUCCAACAACAGCAGCCCCGAGAAGGGCUCCGUCGCCAACGGGCUCGAGCCGGACGCGCCCACCGUCACCGACUGCGCGCUGCCGGCCGCGUACCAGGCUCCGCUGGCGGUGGCGGGCGUCACGUCCGUUGUGCGGCGCAAGCCCAAGGACUCGGCUGACUCGAAGCGCGAGCGCAAGGCGGCCAAGACGCUGGCCAUCAUCACGGGCGCCUUCGUGGCCUGCUGGGCGCCCUUCUUCACGGUGGCGCUGGUGCUGCCGCUGUGCGCCGCCUGCGUCGUCUCGCCGCACCUCAUGGCCGUCACCCUCUGGCUGGGCUACUUCAACUCGACGCUGAACCCCGUCAUCUACACCGUGUUCAGCCCCGAGUUCCGGCACGCCUUCAAGCGGCUGCUGUGCGGCCGCCGGGCCACGGAUCUGCGCCGGCGCAACCGACAGCUGGGCGUUCGCUACCUGCAGUGAGCUGGGCUCGCGCUGGCGCGACUGCUCCGCAUUGCCCAACAAUGAGCACUUGCUGACCGCCUGCCUCUCGAGGCGCACGGUAGCUGCUACGGUGCACACUACACUUGCAAGGUGACGUGGAUCCUCUCCACGUUCUCAAAGUACCUGUGCACAUCAUCGAGUCGAGGAUGACCCACCGUCAGGCACGGCGAGUCCUUCGGGAUCGGUGACGUAGCUGGCCAGAUUUCCGUGUAGGGUGGUACGACGUCGAACUUGAAAUUCCCCCCAGUCAUGUAAGACUUGCCACCACAAACUUGACAUGUGACUGACGUAGGAGUUCGAACGUUACCCUCGACCGGUGGUACUUGCUACAAACUUGAUUCUGGUGCGAAAACAUCGUACUUUCUUUGAGAAGCCAACGACCGUCGAGAACGGCUCGAAAUCCUCGAAGCUCAUUCUAAAGGCGGCAUGGCGACUAAGCCCAUAAAAUCUCUGGCCAACUGUUUCUGUUAUACUGUGGCGCAUCUCAGAGACAGAAAUCACACAUCAGGGAACAAUACAAGUAUACAUGUUACAAAUCUAGUACUGCGUAGCCUUGACGAAAGAAAAUCGCAUAAACGGCGCUGGAAACUUCACAGUGCGAUUUAAUUUCCUGUCCUGUGGUGCCUGGUUUAUCUGCCUCAGUUACGACAGGCAGUUUAGUUUUCAUUUCUUCGUCUUGCGCGUUCCAAACAGCCUCACGUACGGGUCCACGAGAAAGAUUUUCAUCGCGAAUUACGCUAAAUGUAAUGUGGGGCUAUUUGACUGCUGGCUGCAGUAUAUUUUCGUCAGCUCAUGCGCAAUGACCUGCAAGAUCGGAAAGGUAAUGGGUGCCCCCACAAGCUCUAGUGAGGUUUUACCGCCGAUAAACGCAAAACGAGCUACGUUGGUUGAGCGCAGUUUGGUUACAGUUAAUUUAAGGUAUACGUAAAGCUCCACCUCAGCUGCUGUUAAGCAAUAUCUUAGCUUCACGAUCGUCAUCUAGAACCUUGUUCGGACACUUUGCUACAGUGUACCUAAGCAACCGCCAAGGUCCGAUACGUUUGUUA